UGCAGGCGGGGGAAAAGGGGCCCGCGGGCUGCACGCUUGAAACAACAAGAUUCGCAAUCAAACGUGAUUUGUGUGAACCGAACUGGAGUACGACAUGCGUGCGUGUGUGUGCGUGCGUGUGUGAGGGAGGGACACCCCUUCAGUCUGCACGCAGAUGCAAUUCACGUGCACGCAUAUGAAGGCAAUCGGCCUCUCAUUGACGCAUUGUGCGCCGCGAACCUCUGCGUGCGUCUUUUUUUUAAUCAAACUUCUUCUCUGCGACGGUCACAUCCGGGAUCAGACGUCCCUCACACGCUCCCCUUCCCCCCCUCCCCCUCCCGCGCGCGCUUCCUCUCGGUUGCGUGGAAACUGGAUGCCGCCCUGAGAGGAGCCCCGCGCUGAGGGCGCAUCGCCACUCGGCGCGUCCCGGCUCUCCGGCACAAGUCUAAAGGACCCGAUGGAGGCGGACAGGACUCGCGUCGGAUCCGCCUCUCGCAGAGCGCGCUGAUCCUCGGGAGCGUUCCACUGGGUCCGCGCCGGCGGAGGUGCACGCCAUGAGGAGCGAAGUGACGGAGACACUCAAAAGCUACCGGGGAGGUUCAUGAAGACUUCGCCCCCGCCCUCCCUCCCUCCGCAUCCAGGUGGUCCUUCCUCGAGCAUGCGCGUAUCCCACAAUGCCCCUACCUGCAGACUGGUUACUGCGCCACUGGGUGGUCAUGUGUUUGCUGCUGCACAGCCUGGUGCUGGUGACCUUUUGCUUCCACAACGCGGCCGCCGGCGGCUGCUCCGACGGCUGCUACUGCUCUGAGAGCGACGGCGGCGGCAAGACGGUGCGCUGCAGCAAUCUGCAGCUCACGGAGAUCCCGCAGGACAUCCCCAACGACACGCGACACGUGUACCUGGACUUCAACCUCUUCACCGCCGUGCCCAGCAACGCCUUCGCGGACUUGCCCUACCUGGUCGAGCUGGAUCUGUCGCACAACGAAAUAAGCCGGUUGGAGCCGGGGGCGUUCAGGGGCCUGGGCUCCACGCUGCAGUUCCUUGACAUUUCUUCGAACAAGUUGGUCAACUUUGACCCCGAGGCCUUCGAGGGCCUGCGGUCUCGCGCCAACCUCACGAACAACCCGUGGCACUGCGACUGCGACCUGCAGAUGGCCAUGCCCCGCGUGGACCUGGAGCCGGCGUCGCUGACGGGCAUCGUGUGCCAGACCUCGGAACCGGAGCAGAUAGGGGUUCAGGGACUUGCCUUCCUGCUGGCACCGGACAUAGACCUGUGCGUGGUGAUGAAGAGGACUACGGACGUGGCCAUGCUGGUCGUCAUGUUCGGCUGGUUCAGCAUGGUCAUCUCCUACCUGGUCUACUACGUCAGGGCCAACACGGAGGACGCCCGCAGGCACCUGGAGUAUCUCAAGUCGUUGCCCGGCAUCCAGGGCAAGUCCGAGGAGUCCUCCACCAUCAGCACUGUGGUGUAGGGCGGACGGAGGUGGACGCGGGACCGCUAGGGGGUGAGCCUGCGCCAAAUAGGACGGGAGCCGCGACCCGCAAACCACGGCCCGUCAUCGUCACUCUCGCGUGGUCUCGCUCAAUUGGUGCCAUUAGACGCGUGCAUCCGCACUAGCAAGCCGGGCCGAUGCAACCCGAUGAAUAAUUGACGUUUCAGCGACCCAUUAGGAGGUACUGUUGGCUCAGUCGAUGGUCCGUGCGCCGAGGGAGUGAAAGCAGCAGCAUGCUUUGGGAUACAAAUAGGAUUCAUCCAGCGGUGCGUGCAUCUACGUUCACAGAGACAGCAUCAGACAACGAUGACGAUGUAUAACUGCUUCCAUUAAAACCCUUCACAAAUAUAUUCUAAGUAAAAUGAUGUUUUCCAAUUAAAUUGAUGUUUUGUGGUUUCUGUGCUAGUAACUAGAAUCCAGCAGAGGAAUCAGAUUUCUGUUCACUUGUAACUCAGAUUGUUUUGAUGGUGGCUCCAUAUGGAUGAAAACACCAGACUUCAAAGUGGCCUCUGAUUGUUAAGAUUGAUUGACAGCUGCGAGGGCACUCCGAUAGCCAGAGGGGGGCCUACAAUAUCUAUACAGCACAGCGGCAUACAUGUGCAGCUGCAGAAUUACUCCCCUGCACAAUAUGCUAAUCUUAAGUCACAAGACCUGCAAAUAUUAUGUAAGUGUCAGAAAAUGUUGAUAUGAGAAGCAGAGAAUUAGAGGUAACUGCAGUUCACCUUUCAUUAAGUACAAAGAGACGGGAAGAAAGACUUGAUUGAGACUUAAUUGAAACAGGGACCCAUUUAUCAUAUUCUGAGUAGGAAAAGCCCUUCAGUAAUGAGUCAUUAAGGGAACACAGAGGAAUCCUUCACAAUCAUACCCAGCAAUACAGCCUCUGCCCUGCAUCCAGGGUGCCUCUCGUACUGACUGAUGCGGUCACUCCCAGGGCUUUACCCAAUAACAUUUAUGCACCCACGAUCAGCUUUUCCAUUUAAAAGAGCUGCCAGGGAUGCUGAUCUCCUAUUGCACCCGCCGGGGCAAAAAGGAAGAUCUCAUUGGGUCUCAUUGUGAAGAAACCGUCGAUGCGAAAGCGAGAACCACAAAAAGGGGAAAUGUAGUUAAGUGGAGGCGUAAUUGGAUUCACAUCAGACUGUGCUCUGGUCCGAUCCACAGAACGAGGUUAGGAUAACCCGACGCGGUCUUGAAUAAUGAAAUCCGAUGUUUGAGAUGUGGGAAAUGAUUUGUCAACGAGGAUUUCCCUGUGUCUGACACACACACACAUGCCUCCAGAGCACAGCAGGAGCGAUGCAUGAUUCAUGCUGGCCGUGAAAACACUGGAGCACAAAGUCUGGGAAUGGACCCAUCUUCUCGGGUGUCCCAGUUCUUGAGGAGAUGUUAAGGGAGAACGCCACAGGGGAUCAUAUGCCCUCCUCUCUGCUGCCGGGCCUGCCCACGCUGGCUUAAAGCACUUUCCAAACGCCCUCCAGCAGCUUGGUGAGGGUCACAGGAACUCACAAAGUCAGUUCCACGUCAUCGCCUGAUCAGGUGAGGAUAUGUGUGGGAUUCUGAUGAAUGCUUCUUAAUCCCUGCAGAGCCACCGUGCAUAGUGGGGUGAGGAACGGUGAGACGGGCCAUACUUUAUAUGUCUGAAAGAUCUUAUCGAUUUAGUUCAUCUCGAGACCCAAGCCGUCGACAAAAAACCACUUUAGAAUCCUGAUAAAGGUCAGUAUAUGGCUGAGACGCCCCAGCAGCUGGGAUUUGAUAAAGAUGUAGGUGAUGUGAACUUGCUAACAUUAUAUUUCGGUCACAGAUCAGGUUAGCUUUACCACGUUACACACUCUGCAACCGGAUUGUUUUUUUCUUUUGUCAGCCAACACGUUUUUGUGGCUGCAGCUUCAUAUCUUCCAAACGGAGGCAUCGAUCUUCCGAGACACGUCAAACCAUUAAAAACGGUAGCAAAGCAAACAUGCGUCUUUAAUGGUGGACGUUUAACUUAA